AGUGGCUGCACGAGUAGAAGUUAAUAUUUUCCGCGCCUACGUUUAGAAAAGAAAACACACACACAAACACGAAAAAAGAGGAAAAUCAUGAGAUGCUUGGUCGACAUUGAAUGGCUCCUCAUUCGACGUCUUUCUCAACGCUCCGUUUUCUUGGCAAUUCUGGGACUGGCCGUGAUAGUUCUGUGUGUCCACGUACUACCGGAUGAUUGGCAUCAUCAGUUUAGAGGGAAACCUUUUCAUGAUGGCUAUACGGGCCCAUUCAGGUCAGUUUGCAGUCGCAAUGCUGAUCGGAGAGGUCCUCAUCAAAAAGUCAUUGGCUAUUCACUUUAUGGCAACUUAUCAUCGCCAAUUUUUGCAGCAUUUAAGAUAUUUUAACGAGACACUUAGUAACGUUUCUUUGGCCUAUCCAGGCUGGGUUGUGAGAAUUUAUCACAAUUUAACAAUGGACGAUGAUGAAGGAUGGAAAGUCCUUGAGAACACCAUAGAUUUCGGAGACCAUAUUGAUUUAUGCAAUGCAACUGAGCUAAUCAAGAAACUCAAUUUGGCCGACUUGUUUGCCAUGACCUGGCGCUGGCUGCCGUUGCUGGAUGAAACGGUGGACAUUUUAAUGUCUCGUGACUCAGACACUGCGGUAAUACCUCGCGAAGAGGACGCCGUUCGUGAAUGGCUGGCAAUAAGCGACUGAGCUUUUCACAUCAUGAGAGACCACCCUCACCACUGCGU